UGGAGUCUCGCAUGGUCCCUGAGAUCUGGGAUUAGCCUGGACCAUUUCUGGUCCCAGGGGAGAUUAUGGUGACGGUACCGGGUGGUACAAACACCGAUAUCACAAAUCUCGAAGCGAGAUCGUCUCUCCUUGAAUUCCGUUGACGAACCCUCCAGUUUUCAAACGACCCUCGAGCGAGAUGGUAUUCGUUAUUCGGUAUUAAUAAAUAUUCUUCUAACGUGAAAACAACAACUAAAAUCCCCCGACUAUCAAGAAACAAAAUAUCAACAAUAAUAUUCCUUUAAAAAAAAAUAAUAAAUUAAUAAUUCAAAUUUUAAUUCAUUGAAUUCGAAUAAAUGAAAAAAAGAAAAAUAAUUCAAUUAAAAAAAUAAAAUAAUUUUUUUUUUUAUUUAAUUUUUUGAGUUCAAGUGAAUUUGGUGAUUCAAUAGUAAAAUUGGGAAUAUUUCAUUUUCAAAAUGAUCGAGGAUAGUUCAAAUUUUACUAUGACAGACGAAUUACUGUUUUCGGCAUUAGGAUUGGAUAUGGAUGUUCUCAAUGAAAAACAAUUACAAUCUCCAACAACGUCUUUUUCAUAUGAAUAUGAAACUUCCUGCACAACAUCAAUUAGUGAUUAUUCAGAAUUUACGGAAAAUUCAUUUAGUCUAACAAAUAAUAAUGGAAUCGAGUGUUACACGGAUAUAAAAUAUUCACCUGAAGUACAAUGGAGCAAUUGGUCAACAAAUACUUUUACUUCUUCAAAUUGUUUCAGUGAAUUAAGUGAACUUGAUACAGAACUAGAUUGGUGUUUAGACAGAGAAUGGAAUGUGGGACUUCCUGAAAGAACACCACUUUGUACACCAGGAUGCGAGGGAUUUUUGCAUCUUCCAUUACCAAAACCUCAACAGCCAUUUCAGCAUGAUGAGCCAUUAUUAGUUCUUGGUAUCGAUCUCAGGACAUUGGAGGAUUCUUUAAGUUCCACAGAAAUAGAUUACAAUAACAAUCAAAUAGAAGAAAAUAAUCAAUUGGUACCCUCAUCUGCGGAUGUGGCUUUAGCGACUCACGAUUAUACGAAUCGAAGUUUAACGCAAGCGGCUGAAGAUCGCUGCUUUCCCUGCACAUAUCAAGGCUGCGUAAAGGUUUACGCGAAAGCUUCACAUUUAAAAGCUCAUCUACGAAGACACACGGGCGAAAAGCCAUUUGCUUGCACGUGGGCAGGAUGUGGCUGGCGAUUUAGUCGAUCUGACGAAUUAGCCAGGCAUAGAAGAUCACAUUCCGGAGUUAAGCCAUAUCCCUGUGAACUUUGUUCAAAACGAUUUGCCCGCAGUGAUCAUUUAGCGAAACAUCGUAAGGUUCAUCGAAAAAAUUCCUUUGCCGUGUUUCAAGGGGGAAGAAAUUUUCGCACUUCAAAAAUAAAUUUACUACCAGCAAAAAAUUAACAGACAAUAAUUUGCAAACCACAGUUAAAAAUUUGCCAAAGAGAAAUGCAGACAAGUGCGAAAUGGAUUUUGAAAACAAAAACUCUAGUUAACUGAUAAUAUAUAAGAAAAUAAUGAGAAAAUAAAAUUGUGCCAGAAAAUUAAUUUUUUUUUUUUUUGUAAACUAGAAAAAAAAGUAUUGUAGACAGUGAUAGAAUUUCGAUGCUGCUCGUAGAUUUCUGUUUUUUAGAAUUAUAAUAAAGAAAACAGGAGCGUGAAAAGUGCCUUUUAUAAUUAUGUAUGAGAAUCAUACAUUCUUCUAAAUAAUUAAUUGAGAUUAAAAAUCUAUAGUUAGUUUUUAUAAAAUGUAUACUGAACUUUAAAAAUAAAAUUAAAUAAAUCUCGAUGAAAUUAAAUGCUAAAAAUAAAGCGCGAUAUUAUUCCGAAUGGUAGUGUCAUCGUAUUUUAAAAAAUUAAUUUAAAGUGAUUCCAUUUGCGGCAGUUAUACUUACAGAGAAUAUAAUUUUAAGUAAUACAAAAAAAAAGUCGCAAAGAAUGAAAAAAUAUAAAAAUCGUUUUUAGCUUGUAUGUGACAAGAGAUUAUGUAUAAAUAAAUAAAAUCUUUGUAAUGAUGAAUUUGGAAUAUUAAAAAAUUUACAGUGAAUUAUAAGUUAUAAGAAAUAAAAAAAAACAAAAAAUCUAAA